AUGGAAGCUGCCUACCUGCUGCUCGCCCUGGCAUUGCUCUCCGGCAGCCUCAAGCCAGGCCAAAGCCUCGAGGAGGGGAUCGGCUCCCAAGAGGCCGAGGAGCCCGACGGCUACCCGGAGAGACUCCUCAGCUGGAUGCUGCAAGAAAAUGAGGACCAUCCUGUCCAGAUCCCCCCUGAGGAGCAUCCCCUGGGCGUCCUUCUCCGCUCCCUCCUUCAUGCUGUGCAGAGACCUGGUCGCAGCCCCUCCUUCCUGUUCCAGCCCCAAAGAUUUGGUCGUGACGCCCGGGGCAGCUCCAGCAGCGGUGGCCUAAUCAAGCCACGGGCUUGGGACGCCGUGGCUCCUCAGUUUCUGAGCAUGGCUGUUCCGCAGCGCUUUGGCAAGAAGAAAUGAAGUCGAGGACAGCAACGCACAGAACUGCCACCACCCAGUUCUUGCACCGAGAAUUAGUGCCGAACUGGGUCGGAAAAGCCUCCCCCUUCUACUCUUCCUUCUGUGUCGUCCCUGGGUUACCCGGGUGACUGACCCUCCUGUUUAGGGG